AAAUGGCUGUUUCGCGUGUUCUAAAUUUUACAAAAUCAAAAGUUUUUAAAAUGUCCCAUUUACAUAAAUUGAAAUCAUGCAGAAUUGGUUUUAGGAGCUAUUCCGAUGAUAAAGGAUCUGGACAAAGACAAUUGAAAGGACUUGUUGUUGGCCUUUAUCAAGCGGAGGAGGGUGAAUGUCCGAAACUAAGUACCAGUGGAGAGAAGUUCGACGGACGUAUUAAGGGAAAGUUAAUGGAACUUGUUAAAGAAUGCUGUUUGUCAGGGAAAGUAGGUAUGGGUCAAGUCUUUACCAACAUCGAUCAAGAAUUUAAAGCUGUGGCUGUUGUGGGUCUUGGACGAGAAGGUAUUGGAUUUAAUGAGUUGGAAAUGCUUGAUGAGGGCAUGGAAAAUGCAAGGGUAGCAGCGGGAAUUGGUGCUCGUAGCUUACAGAAUCUAGGGUGUACAGAAAUAUAUGUAGAUGGAAUGGAAUAUCCUGAACAAGCUGCUGAAGGUAGUACACUAGCUAUAUGGAAAUAUCAAGAUAAUUUAGAGAAACAUAGAAGAACUUUGAUGCCCAGACUUGAUUUAUAUGAUAGUCCCGAUAUGGACGGUUGGACACGUGGAACAUUUAAAGCCGAUGCCCAAAAUCUAGCUCGACGUCUAAGUGAUGCACCCGCAAAUCAGAUGACACCAACCUCAUUUGCACAGGCAGCUGUUGAUGCGUUAUGUCCUUGUGGUGUGACCGUUGAAAUAAGAACAAUGGAUUGGAUCGAGCAACAUCAAAUAAAUUCAAUGUUAAUUAUUGCAAAGGGUUCAUGCGAACCACCUUUGUUUGUUGAGAUAAGCUACUGUGGAACUUUGCCUGAAGAUAAGCCGGUGUUACUAGUCGGUAAAGGACUAACAUUUAACAGCGGUGGCGUAAAUCUGAGACGAUGCAAAGGUAUGGACGAAUUUCGUGGUUCAAUGUCUGGAGCAGCUGUUGUUGUCGCCACCAUGCGCGCAGCUGCUGCUCUAUCAUUGCCUAUUAAUCUUUCGGCCGUUAUACCAUUAUGCGAAAACAUGCCUUCAGGAAUGUCUGCUAGAACUGGAGACGUUAUCAAAUUGCUUAACGGCAAAUCUAUGGCAGUUCGAGAUGUUGAUAAAGCAGGUGUUCUUGUUUUGGCUGAUCCUUUACUAUACGGUCAAACUACCCAUCGUCCACGAUUGGUGGUGGAUAUAGCAACAUUAGGUUAUGGUGUCAAGAAAUCGCUCGGAGGUGGUGCAACAGGCAUUUUUUCUAACUCACAUUACAUUUGGAAGCAAUUUCAAAAGGCUGGUUCAAUAACAGGAGACCGUAUGUGGCGUUUACCUCUGUGGCAAUUUUAUAAGAGAAUUGUAACGGACAAUGUAUGCUUUGAUCUCAGCAACAAUGGUUAUGGUCCUGCUUCAUCAUGUUUAGCUGCGGCUAUUUUACAUGAACUUGUGCCUUGCGUUGAUUGGGCUCAUCUAGAUACAAGAGGAGUCGGCUUGUUGACCAAAUACGGUGCAAUUCCAUACCUCAGAAAAGACUACAUGACUGGCCGUCCAACCCGUACCGUGGUCCAAUUUCUAUAUCAGCUAGCUUGUCCUGAUAAAAAGUGAUUAUUUCCACUUUUUGUAGCCCAAAAUCUUUUUGCAUGUGAGUUUGUGGCAAACAAAAAAAUAAUUAUUUAUUAUUUGCAUGAUUUAAUUUAAUUGUCUAUAUGUGUAAAACUGAA